AUGACACCUUACCUGAUGUUGCUAUUAGACAAUGAGGGCUAUCAAGCUGGUAACGAAGGCCCCAUCCAUUUUAUCUCUGAUGGCGAUGAUCAAGGUGCUGGAUUUGUGGCAGAUUAUCGAUCCACGAUGACAGGUCUUCUCAUGGAGUACUUGGAGUACCUGAACAAAUGGACGCAUGACACCCUAGGUCUAAAGCUCUCCCAGCAGGUUGGAUAUAACCUUCCGGUCGACAUGCUGGAAGCUAUCCCCUCUGUCGAUAUUCCCGAAAUCGAAACAUUGUCGUUCUCGAAUCUGAUUGAUGGUUUCCGGCAAUUUAGUGGACCUGCUAAUCUUGCCGGAAAGAAUGUCAUCUCUAUCGAGUUAGGGGCUGAUUUUGGACAGGCAUACUACCAGACAUGGACAGAGCUUCUUCAGGAAGCUCAGCAUGCCUUCGUGGCGGGGGUCAAUCAACUUGCUAUCCAUGAUGCGACAUACUCGCACACAUAUGACAACACCACAUGGCCUGGUUUCACUUCGUUUAACUACUCAUUUGCCGAACAGCACUCACGCCACCAGCCAGGUUGGGAUGUGGGAUAUAAACAGGCAAUGGACUAUUUAGCACGCUGCCAGUUCAUUCUGCAAGAGGGUAUUGCUAAGGUGGAUUUGGUUUUCUGGGACAAGCAGAUAGCCCAAGACGCGUACCCCGGUAUCUUGUACGAGCCAACAGACCUGCAAGAUGCAGGGUAUACUUACGAGUAUCUCUCUACCGAGAACUUUAAUUUACCCAUGGCUUAA